AUGGCGACGGCCCACUUCGCAUCGUCGGCUUCGAGCGCUGGUCCGAGUGUGGGCGGCACGAACCGGACAGCGAUCCAGACGCUCUUGGGCCAAUUCGACGUCCAGAUCAACAGUAUGAAGGACUAUCCUGCGAAAGACACGAUAAACGCGCUGACGAUGUUGGCCGAAACGCGAUUGGAGUUUGCGCCGGAGAUCGUUAGUUUCUUGGAGACGAAGAUCCAUCGGGUCGCGCCGAAUUGCAAACUGCCGAUCUUUUACCUGACAGACUCUAUCCUGAAGAACGUGCGCGGGCCGUACUUGUCGCUGUUUGCAGGCAAAAUUGUACUGCUGUACUGCAAUUGCGUGCGCCAGGUAUCGGGCAAAGACCUCAAGCGCUUUAUCCAUGUGCUGAAUACGUGGGAGACCACGCGGCUGUUUAGCAAGGAAUCGAUUGUGCAAAUGCGCAGUGCCGCAAACCGCGCGUUGCAACAAGCCGACCCAGUAGCUCACUCUGUGCCUGCGAGUAUUAAUCAGGAAAAGUCAUUGCUUGUACCAGCGAGUGUUGUUUCGAGUGCAAAGGUGGCGCAGCAGCAGCAGGACAUGGAGCUGCGGUCGCUCCUCACGACCCUUCAGAACGACAUGAGCAUUCACCCGACCGAACACAUGAGUCUCGAAGAAGUGCGUGCGAAUAACCCCGACUAUUACAACCAGCUGCUCGAGUUCCACGCUGCUUCGAAGAGUACACAAACAAGUCCACCACGAGGGCUUGGUGGUGCAGCUAGUGCAUUUCCUCCAAGUGCGAAGCAGCAACAGCCUCUUUUGCAAGAAGCUGCGGCGGGCCGAGACUUUCGGUAUUCAGCUGCUCCUUCUUCUGCUUGUGCUCGCGACGCACGGAUGAAGACAAGCUCGGCGUCAAAACCCCGUUCGACGCAUACUGGAAACGCUGGUAGUAAACGGAGUGCCAACGGUGGUGCCGGCGCCGCUGCAGCAAAGUCGUCGAAUGUCGCUCAUUUGAUGCAAUUGCUUAAGCGCAAGCAGCGCGCGCCCGCUUCACCGAAGCAACGAGCUCCCGAGAUUACUAACGACGUUCCAUGUGCCCCUAAUGCAGCAGCUGUCAUGUCUAUUUUGCAGAAGCUGAAGGGAAUGUCGAGCGGAGGCACUGCAACUGGAGGGCCUACACCUCAAGCGCAAUCGCAGCAAGCUCGGCAGUCGCAGCCACAGCAGCAACAGCCACCACAGCAGCAGCAGCAGCAACAACGUAGUGACAAUGCUUCCCGCAUGUGGUUUAGCGACAAGAUCGUGGCUCACAAGGAUCGUGUUGAGUCCAACGUGCAAAAGCUGUACGCAGCGUUGCCGCUUGUGUGCCGCGAGAGUGGAUUGCGCUUCCGUGAGCAAGCUCAAUUGGACGCCCACCUGGACUUCCUCUUCAAGUACAAUCGUGCGCGUAAAGAGCGAGGUAAAGGGGGCAUAUCACGAUCAUGGUACCCAGACGAAGACCAGUGGGUGGCCGAUUUCUUUGGGGAUACCGCACCCCGCGAGAGCACCAGCAGUAGCUUUUUCGAUCGCGCGCAGCAGGAAAACGAAAAGAAUGCGGGUGAACAGGCUACGUGGGAGAAUGCGCGCGUACCUGUCGACGAGUCCAUCACGCGCUGUCAAAUUUGCGGCGAGAGCUUUGCCAAGAGCUGGGACGAAGAGGAAGAGGACUGGAUGUACACUAACGCGGUGACUGGCACGAUUCAUAACACGGGUCCGAAUGGUACGGAGGAGCAGGACACGAUAUUCCACAAAUAUUGCCACGACACAGUGCUAGCCAACUCGAAGUAUGUCACUCCGGCACAUCUAAUUCCCACAAAGACAACUACUGCACUUAAUAUGGCGGUCUCCGAUGAUAGUAUGGAUGGCAGCAGUAGCGGCGUGAAGCGAUCACUGGACGAGGACGACUCGGAUAGCGACGGCGACGAUGACGUGAAGCGAGUGAAAACUACGUGA